AUGGAGAAAAGCCCGCUGGUCGACACGCACAUUGACCUGCCCCAAGUCCUGCGCUCCCUAGACCGCUAUCCUCUCAAUGCCAUCCGCAGCAUCAACGCCUCAGUCCCGGGACACGUCGACAUCCCGCGUCUGCGCGAGGGCCGACUGGGCGGGGCCUUCUGGACCGUGUGGACGCCGUGCCCGGAGCUCGUGGGCGACGACCCGGGCCCGGACUUCAACAACCCGACCCACGCGCUCCGCGACGCCUUCGAGAUGCUCGACCUGAUCCAGAACAUGAUCGCCCAGCACCCGGAGCACCUGCAGCUCGCGCGCUCGUCCGCGGACAUCACGGCCGCGUUCCGCGCGGGCAGGAUCGCGUCCCUGCUCGGCAUGGAGGGCACGCACUUUCUCGGCAACUCGCUCUCCUCCGUGCGGGUGUUUGCCCAGCUGGGUGUGCGCUAUCUAACCCUCACGCACGUGUGCCACAGCGCCUUCGCGUCGUCGAACGGUGGCGGGGGACCCAUGACGGCGGCGCACGAGGGCAACGGCCUGAGCCCCCUGGGCGACGAGCUGGUCCGGGAGCUCAACCGGCUCGGGGUCAUGGUCGACCUGUCGCACACGUCAGACGCCACGGCCCGGCAGGCGCUGAGGCUGUCCCGCGCGCCCGUGGUGUGGACGCACUCGGGCAGCCGGGCGCUGCAGGACCACCCGCGCAAUGUGCCCGACGACAUCCUGGCGCUUGUCGGCGACGGGCCGGGCAAGAACCCCGGGGUCAUCCAGUCGGUGUUCUACCCGCCGUUCAUCGGCCCGACGCCGGAGACGGCGAAUGUGUCCAGGGUUGCAGACCAUAUCGAGUAUAUCGCGCGGAUCGUGGGAAAGAAGCACGUCGGCAUCGCGUCCGACUUUGAUGGGAUGUAUGCUUCGGUGCAAGGGCUCGAGGAUGCGAGCAAGUACCCCGUCCUGGUGGCUGAGAUGCUGGCUAGGGGCUGGUCGGACGAAGAGGUGCUGGACUUGAUGGGGCGGAACCUGAUGAGAGUCAUGGAUGCGGUCGAUGCGGUCAAGGAGGAGUUGAAGUACGAGUUGCCCUCGACCGCCAUCUGGGAGAAGAGGAAGGAUCUGCCCGCGACUUGGGGUGAGGAGUACUACCCAUACGAGGUCCGGGACGCGAGGAAGAAGCUGCAAAUUGUGCACGACGAGCUCUAG